CUUCCGUUCACUGCCGUAUAUCUUGGCGCUCAAGAUGGCGGGAAGGGAAGUCAGAGACAAGAGGAGGAAAAGGACUGAUUCCAAGGUCGCCUCUUUAGCCAAGUAUCACAAUCUAUUGGAGAAGACCAUACUAUGCUACCAGGAUCCUGUGACUGGCCUUCUUCCCGCCUUUAUUACUAAAGAUGGCAUACCUGGUGGUCAGUUUCAGGGCCAUGCUUGGAUUCGCGAUAACGUCUACUGCGCUCUCUCAAUUUGGGCCAUGGCACUCUCUUUCAGAGGCCAUGGGGAGGGUGAAGAAGACAAGCAAGCGGCCAAAGAACUUGAAAAGAAUGCCGUGAGGUUGAUGAGGAGCUUGCUCUUGUGUAUGUUAGGGCAAGCAGAUAAAGUUGAGGCUUUCAAGAAAACUCUUAAUAAAGACUACGCACUUCAUGCAAAAUUCAACAUGAGUACUUGUGCUAGUGUUGUUGGUGAUUACGAAUGGGGCCAUCUACAAAUCGAUGCCACGUCGCUAUUUCUAUUGAUACUGGCUCAAAUGACUGCUUCUGGCAUACAGAUAGUGUAUAACUUAGACGAAGUCGACUUUAUACAAAACCUGAUAUUCUACAUUGAAACUGCUUAUAGGACACCGGAUUAUGGCAUAUGGGAGAGAGGGGAUAAGACCAAUCACGGUCAAACCGAGUUGAACUCGACUUCAAUUGGGAUGGCAAAGGUAUAUGUGAUUUAUGAUUACUACAUGAUGUUUGUGAUUUAUAUUAUAUUAUUGUAGGAAGGGCUAGUUAAUAUAGGUGAGAUUGAUCCAUUAAACAGAAGACUUUGUACACUACCCAAACCAGAACCAUUAGUACAAGUGGUGUUACUGGCUGAAGACAGGGAAUUGCAUUCCCAGUUAAAGAAUAAUGGCAUAUCGACACAGACUUUGAAUUCUUUUGGACAGGCAAGAGCACACGGCGAAAUGGUUACAGUUUUACCAGCUAAACUACUAGGAGAAGCAUAUCAAUACUUAGGUAGAAAUAGUAAAAUGGGACUAACUGGUCGAUACAAGAAGAUCAUUGGGGUCCUAAGCACCAGCAUGCUUUAUUCCCUCCACGGGAAACUUUACGCCUUCUAUCCAAGUUUUUUAGAUCAAGAGACGUUUUAUCUAUCACUUGACAACGAGCUAUUGGUGGACGUAAUUAGUACCGAUUUAUCAUACCUUAAAGCUAAUUGGAAGUUGAUGGGUUGUCCUCUACUAAUUUUACCGAUCCUGUGGUCAAUGCUAGGCCAGGAGGACUCUUGGGAUUCGUCUCCAGUUUUUAAACUCCUUCGUAACAUAAACAGUGGUUACAUGAAUGGUGUUAGGUUGCACUUGGGCAAUUUUUCUGAUUUUCUCAGCACGUGUUGCGAAAUUAAUAUGACAUUCCUUGAGAAUGUCCAAUCGUCUAUUUGGUCCAGGAAUGUUCUCACCCCCAGACGUUCUACUGUCUCAAUCCUUCCAGCUGACGACACAGAGCUGGAAAGACCUAGAACAUAUUCUGAUUCUAGUCCAAUUGGAGGUGUGGUCAAGAAGAGCAGGGCUACACCUGCCGGUGAAAAGAAACAAGAAAUGUCAAUCUCACUAUCUCCUUCUCUGCGUCACCUGGUGGUCGCUAAAGGUUGGUCCACUCGUCGUCAAAGCUACUCGGGUGGCAGGUUCCUCCGUUCCUCAAGAGAGUCUCCCAAACCGGAGGAGAGAAGAGAGAGAUCGCUAAUGGCUACCCUGGCACUAGAAGACCUUAUACAUGAACUUGAGACAUCAACCAACGUCUUCGACCAAACUGAUAUACUCCAUCUUCUACAUGAUAACUAUGGUAAGGAUUACGAGAUUACUAUAAGUGGGACGCCUUGUACUGUAACUGUUUUAUUAGAGUUUCAUUUGCAGAUAGUUACUGAUCUACUAGUUAGGCAAAAGACCAUCUCUGUAGGCCAACCAAACAAUGAAAUUCACAUCACACAGCCCCUCCCACAAUACGAACUAUUAGACCUGAUCUUUAGAGCAUGUGGUAAAGACCAUUCCGCCGUUGCCUUGACGCAAGAGAUAUUAGUGUAUCUCGCAAUGUUCAUAAGGUCAGAGCCUGGUCUCUUUGAUGAGAUGUUGAGACUGAGGAUUGGGCUCAUUCAAAAUGUGAUGGUCAUUGAGCUGGCAAGAUCCCUCAACUGCUCAAAUGAGGAUGCAGUGGACCAGCUGCUUCUAUUGGGACCUUUUGAGCUUAAAAAUCUCCUCUACCAUCUUCUCAGUCGCAAAGAAUUCACCGUAGACCAGAGUUUUGGUAGCGGCAAGGCUACAGUGUCUACUGAUAAGGCAGUGAGGCAGCUGUCAAUAGUUACGCCUAAUAAAGUGCACAGGAGUGGAAAACUGAAGGAACAAGUCAAAGCACUGGAGACUGGUAUGUCGGAAGAGGAGGGAGACAAGCUCGGGCAGUGGCGGAGAAGAAGGAGGAUAGAUGGGGCAUUAAAUAGAGUACCUCCAGACUUCUACACUCAAGUUUGGCACUGUCUUGAAAAAUGCGAUGGAUUAUUCAUUGGGAAUCAGAUUUUACCGAAAUUUCCUACAAUACAUGAGAUGACAGCGGGUGAAUUGAAAUUUGCCCUUAAAGUAGAAUCAGUUCUUAAUUCCUUACCUGAUCCAGAGUAUCGUCAGUUAGUGGUUGAGGUUCUUAUGCUCACUGCUCUCAUUAAUCCCGAGAGACCACUCCCACAAAUUGUGAAUGUAGACGAUGUUAUUAGAACUGCUAACUUUCUUUUUGUUGUUGAUCAGAAAGAGUGCAAUGGAUUGGCCAGUCAGUGCUGUGGACAAAUGAGAGGUUCCUGUGGAGCCUACUGGUCUAUCUGUAGUCACUUCUAUGACUCAGCCCCCAGUGGAGUAUAUGGUACUAUGAGUUACCUCUCGCGUGCUCUGCUCCAGACCAUACAACAGAACCUUCCAAGAGAUUACUCGUGCAAAAUCAGCUGAUGUUUGUCUCAGUGUGUGUAUGUUCCUAGACCAUAUAAUUCAUGUUGUUCUCAUUAUUCAUAUUAUUGUACUUAGAUUAUUAUAUAUCAGCUUUGUAUACUUCAA